AGCAAUGGUCGUCAAAACUUCUGCAUUGAAAAAACUGGCGCCGAAACCUGGCUACCACGAAGUCACACCUGCUUUAAUCGCCUCGACCUUCCUCCUUAUUCAUCAUACCACCAGCUUGCUGAGAAAUUGUCUCUUGCAAUGGAGGAAACUGAAGGAUUUGGGCAGGAGUAACUGUGAUUUUACAUAUAUAUAUAUAAAUGUAUAUAUAUAUACAUAUUAA